UUGAAGCUGAAGGCAUUCUGCAUGUUACCAUCAAACACCAAACACAUACUAACAAAAGAAGGAAUAAACUUCCAAAAUGUUUACAGUCUUCACAAUAUUAAGUGCCAUUAUUACCAUAGCAAGUGCUUCGGAGCCACAAUGUUCUAGAUUUCACUAUGAAGAACAGACACUGUUGAAAAUGCUCAAACUUGAAAUGUUUGUACAGAAAAUGAAAGAUGAAUUGGAGUCUACACAACAGAAGGUGUUAGACAAGUUACAGGAUUUAGACAGAGAUAAAACACAGUUCAAGCUGGAACUAGAGGCUGAUAUGGGAAAUAUCAAGACUGAAUUCAAUGAAAUGAAGGAAAAGAAUGAAGCAGAUAUGACUGAAUAUGCUGAAGAAGUUGAGAAAAUAAAAGAGUCAGCUAUCUCUUCACCUGUUGUAUUCCAAGCUAAAGAUGUUACAGAUACAUCUCCUGGUAAAGACCACACACUGGUUUUUAAAACAACCAUGCUGAAUAAAGGAAAUGGCUAUGACAACUCUACUGGUAUAUUUACAGCACCGGUCAGUGGGACAUAUCUGUUUACAAUACAGCUCUGUGUACCUGUUAAUACUUCUCCUUGGUAUAAUAUAGUAGCAGAAAAUAAACUAAUCCAGACAGGCUAUUUCUAUGAUAGGAAGAGUAACAGCUGCCAUACAGCAGAUGGAAUCACUAUCCUCCAAGCAGAAGAGAGGGUAUGGAUCAACAUUCCCUAUCCAUCAAAGCUAAAGCAAGGUUCAGAGUACUGGAACAGCUUUAGUGGUGUGCUCAUAUAGAAGUUUACAGAAUGAAAUAACUCUCCAAGGAUAUAUCAGUACAGUGUGUCAACAAAACUGGAAUUAUUAUUUCAUAAAAAUAUGCAGGCAGUAGUAAUUUUACACAAGCAUAUUACAAAAUGUUGCAGAUGUACUUUUUUACAUCACUGUGUAAUACGCAUGUGUGCAAAAGUGUGGUUAUAUAGAAUGUUUUGCCAAACGUUGAACUUUAAUCUUGCAUUAAUAUUUUAAUAGAAAAGGGUUUAAACUUGAUGUGCAUAUACUUCUACAUUUUGCCUAAUUCCC